AUGACGUCCGUCAAUUCGGCCUCCCACUUCCUUGCCGACAUUCGGGGAAAAACUAUUCGACCCGACCAAAUCAUGGUAUCCUUCGACGUUGCCUCACUUUUCACGUCCAUCCCACCAGACUUGGCGCGCGACGUGCUGCGCAAACGCCUCGAAGAAAAGUACGACGAAACGACAGGGCCGCUAAAAAUCCAGCACCUAAUGCAGUUCUUUGCAUUCUGCCAACGAACCUUUUUCACCUUCGAUGGCAGAACAUACGAACAAAUCAAAGGAACAUCCAUGGGUUCCCCAAUAUCCAGCCAAGUUGCGGAAUUGGUCCCACAAGAGCUGGAAAAGGGCGCUUUCAGCCACUGCAAACCUGCGUUUUGGCGCCGAUACGUGGACGAUACAUUUGUCAUUAUUGAAAAGGACAAGCUAUCGGGUUUUCAAGACUUACUUAACGGCAUAUCCCCUGACAUUCAGUUUACAAGAGAAGACGAGAAGGACGAGAAACUUCCCUUCCUGGACGUGCUCGUCACGCGCACACCUGACGGUGAACUCAGCACUACAGUGAACAGAAAGGCAAAAAAUAUAACUCAGGUCCUCAACUAUCAUAGCAACCACCCAUUGGUGCAGACAGACAGAAACUCAGGCGCAUUUGGCUGGUUUCACUGUCCCCUGCAGCUGUUUAACAGGCCUUCUUCCUAG